AUGCUAGGGAAAUGGCGCGGCUUUGUGGUUGUAAACAAAUUUGUUAAAAGCGCGCAUCGGUUUUGCCUUGUGAGGAAUUUUAAUACUUUAAAAAUGGCAUCAGCAGCAAAAAAACCUAAACUUUUCCAGCCUUCAAUAUCUGGCUCAGAAUCAAAGAUCUCAAUUGACGAUUUUAUGAAAAGUCUGCAAGCCAAACGCGAUGAGACCGCUAAGUCGAUUUUGGAGUAUAAAUUCAACAAAAAGCGUCUUAGGAUAAUAUCUCAAGAGCAGACGGUGCCUGAUGACUGCGAGGGCAUCGUGUACUGGAUGUCUAGAGACAGUAGAGUGCAGGACAACUGGGCUUUUCUGUUUGCACAGAAGCUUGCGUUGAAGAACGAAGUACCGCUCCAUGUGUGUUUUUGCUUGAUUGCGAAGUACUUGGACGCGUCUGUGAGGCAGUUUGACUUUCUUAUCAAAGGCUUAAAAACAGUAGCAGCUCAAUGCAAGGAGCUGGACAUAUCCUUCCACCUCCUAGAAGGCGAUGGCGGGGAUGUCCUACCACAAUGGGUGAUAGACCACAAGAUUGGGGCCGUGGUGUGCGACUUCAACCCGCUGAGGACACCCCUGGGGUGGCUGGAGAAGGCGAAGAAGGGGUUGAAGAAAGAUGUGCCUUUGAUUCAGGUGGACGCUCACAACAUAGUCCCGUGCUGGGUGGCCUCAGACAAGCAGGAGUACUCGGCGCGGACCAUCCGGAACAAGAUCAACUCCAAGCUGGAUGAAUAUUUGACACAGUUCCCGCCGGUUAUUAAGCACCCUUACAAGAGCAAAUUUAAACCUGACCCAAUAGACUGGGACCAAGCCAUAGAAUCCCGCGAAGCCGACAAGUCCGUAGGCCCCGUGGACUGGGCCACUCCAGGCUACCACGCCGCGGUCAAAAUGUUGAAGAGCUUCCUGGAUAAGAGGCUCGCGAUAUUCGCGACGAAGCGGAAUGAUCCUACUCUUGAUGCACUUAGCAACCUCUCCCCUUGGUUCCAUUUUGGUCAAAUCUCCGUCCAAAGAGUAGCCCUCUGUGUUCAAGAGUACAAGAAGAAAUACACGGAGAGUGUCAACGCAUUCUUAGAAGAGGCCAUAGUGCGCCGCGAACUGGCAGACAACUUCUGCUUCUACAACGAACACUAUGACAGUGUGAAGGGAGCGCAUAGUUGGGCGGCGAAGACUUUGGACGAUCACAGAAAAGACAAAAGAUCGCACAUCUACACGCUCGACGAACUAGCCCAGGCCAAAACUCACGACGACCUCUGGAACUCCGCGCAAAUACAACUCAAUACAGAGGGCAAGAUGCACGGCUUCUUACGGAUGUACUGGGCGAAGAAGAUUCUAGAAUGGACGCCCAGUCCUGAAGAUGCGCUCAAGUAUGCGAUAUACUUGAACGAUCAUUAUAGCAUCGAUGGGCGGGAUCCUAGUGGAUAUGUCGGCUGCAUGUGGUCGAUCUGCGGCACGCACGACCAGGGCUGGGCGGAGCGCGCCGUGUUCGGCAAGAUACGCUACAUGAACUACGAGGGCUGUAAGCGGAAGUUCACUGUACCCGCCUUCGUGGCGAGAUAUGGAGGAAAGGUCCACAAGUAUGUGCCUAAGAAGUAGACAGUGUUGCUAAGACUUUUGUUAAUAUUACUAAAAACACAUGUACAUACUCGUGAAAGUCGGCAUGGGUGUCGUUUUAUAGGUUUUCAGGGAAGUAUUUCUGUAUUGAAUCCGGAUAAUUUACUAUACCUGAGCGGCUACCGCGAAAACCGAAAUUCGCAAAUUGCGGGGAUCUUUCUCUUUUACUCCAACGAAGGCGUAAUUAGAGUGACAGAGAAAAAUCCCCGCAAUUUUCGAACUUCGAUUUUCGCGGUUAUAGCCCUGCCUUCGUAGCGAGGUACGCGGGAAGGUUCAUAAGUAUGUGCCUAAGACGUAGACUUAAGCAGCGUGUUAAAAUUAUAAAGCAUCGGCCAAUUUGUUUUUCUAUAGCGUAAAGAAUGAUAUUGCAUUAUUGAUAUGAGAAGACUGUAUAAGACAUUUGCUGUAGAUAGAUAGAUAAUUUCUUUAUUCAUACCCACAACAUACACGGCAUUGAAAAAGUACAAGAUAAGAACAUGCAAAACAACUUAAUUACUAAUAACUAUUAACUAUUACAUAAAAAAAUUAUGAAGCCAUGUGUCGUGGCACAGAAAAGGCGCUGGCUCAGCAUUGUGAUGCGGCAAGCCACAUCGCUGGUAUUCUGCCAGUACUUGCGUUUCUAACCGUAGUCAGGCGUGUCUCACUGCGCGAUUUCGUCGCUUUGCUACAGGUAGCUAAAAGUACAUCCGUUCGGCCCCAAUUUUGGGGUUUGCCAUAAGCCGCGCGUGGCGCUGUCGCCACCUAGCGGCCCGGCCAUAUCUGUGCUGAUCGUAACAGACGCGUUUUGUUAGAGUGAGUCUUCUGUACUUAGUACUAUUAUUUAUUCUGUGGUGUAGUUGCAUUCAAUCACAUUAUUUUUUAAGUAAUUAUUUAAAAGAAUCGUGCCAUCCACGGUAUUCAUGCAUGAAAAGUGUAACUAGAAUAAGGUUAGGAUUAAAUUAUUGUGAUUUUAAAAUGUAGAUAGGUAGGUUUUUAACGGAUUUUAAGUAAGUGUCGAACUAAUCACGGUCUAUUUGUAUUAUUUUUUCUUGUAUUGUAAGAGUAGCAUGUUAAGUUAAAAUAGUACUUGCCACUUGUCAUGAGUUGUUUAUAAUCUAAUCAUGCUAAAAACUAUAGACCAUGGAUAGAACAUAAGUAUAUGUAAUUAAGUUAAUUAUGUAAGAGAUGCCGCGUUUAAAAGGUUUUAUGUUUGUGCGUCUACCAAGUGCGGAUUACGACUCAUUUUGUCAUUCUUAAAAAAAACCUUUGUUACAAGCUUUUAUUUAGUGUCACCUGACCGUUGUCUGUCUGUAAUCAAAUCUUGCAAGUUAAAUUUGAUCCACUUCCCGGUUUCCGAUUGAGCUGAAAUUUUACAUGCAUGUAUAAAUCGGAUGGCAAGGCAAUAUUAUGGUACCAUCGAGCUCAUCUGAUGAUGGAGACAGGAGGUGGCCAUAGGAACUCUGUGAUGAAACAACGCAACCUAAUUGUGUUAGUGGCUUUUAGAAUUGUCUCGAUGAGUAUUAGUUGUCUGUCGAAAGAAAAGUACAGACAGCGAUAAAAGCUUGUACCAAAAAUUAAAUUUUUGCCAAUAACUUAUUUUAUUUGUAAAAUAAUUAACAAUUUGUAAUAAACCCGAGGGCCUAAUGAACGAAACGGUCAUCUCUCUCCCUAUCACACUCUUCCAUAUUAGUGCGACAGGGAGACAUUAACUUAUCGUUCGCUAUGGCGCAAACAUUAGUCAUUUUGGCUAGGCACCCUGUACAACUUAAUAAAAGCACAAGUAUCUACAAUUGGGUAGGUAAAGUUUUUUGAAGAUAGGCAAAUUAUAUUUUUUUCCGAUAGUAUUCAUUAUAGCGAUCACGGAAAUGCAGCUCUUUUAUUUUUAUUUCAUUUUAUUGAUUAAAUAUAAUUUUUUAAAUGAUAGAUAUGACGUUUGUGAGGUGAAAUGGCAGACUCGAGUAAUUAAUUCCUUUGCGCGCAGUAAAUGGGACGAGAUAGAAAAAAAAAACGAUGUCAACUGUCAGUGUCACUUAGCUCUCAUUCCCGAAAAAUAACGGACAAGCCUCAUGUUACCUUGCGAAUUGCUAUUAAUGUUAUCAUUGAGAUUUUCGACGACCUCAGCACGACCCACGGACUUCUGAUUCCCCACGACAUCUGCGCGUAUUUGGACAAAGAUUGAAUUUACUUUCGAUAACUUGGCACUGCAUAAUUAUUGGACAACGUUUUCUUCCCCACCCCUACACGUCGGCCCCUGCGCUGACCCUUGGACAGAGUUUUGCAAGAAAAAUAAGCGAGUUCAUGCGAGAUUGCGAGCAGAUUCUACAAAUUUGAAAUUAUUAUCAUAACAGUGAUAAGCACAAUGCCGUUGAAUUAGAGGAGCAAUGGCCGUACAGGAGUACGUAUCCGUGAAAUACAUAGGUACAUAAAACUUUCUUCACUUGUGUUUUGAUUUUUAUUAUUAAAUUGCCAUGAGCUGUUAAGUUCGUAAACAAGAAAUCGGUCUAAUUUUUUCUAACAAUUUCAACCAUCUGUUAGUUUUGUGUGGUUAUCCUCAUUUUAUGAAUGUUGUUAUUAUUUUCAGGUGGAUGUAAACAUUCAUUGGCGGUAUUAUACUGAUGGCUAAUUAGAACCAUUGAGCCAUGACAUACUUCCUUGCAGUGUUAUUCGGCUAAGCCUCGAGCAUCCUGUGAAUCUGAAGGAUAUAAUUAUUUCCAUAAAAAAGAGCAAUCGAAUUAGGACCAAGAUAUCCCGAGAAUCUAAAGACAUUUUAUAAAAAAUGCAAUAAAAUGAAAAUGGGAGACUCUUAUUUUAACAAUGUUACAAGAUCAUGACAAUGUUAUGGUCUAUACUUAUUAAAAUUUUAAAACCAACAUGUCUUUAUCUUUGACUUGAAAAUGUACAAAUGAUUUGGGUUAAGUUUUAUGAAAUGCAACUUAGGGGUCAU